AUGAUGUUCUCCGGGUUCAACGCCGACUACGAGGCGUCAUCCUCCCGCUGCAGCAGCGCUUCCCCGGCCGGGGACAGCCUGUCCUACUAUCAUUCCCCAGCCGACUCCUUCUCCAGCAUGGGCUCCCCUGUCAACGCACAGGACUUCUGCGCAGAUCUGUCCGGCUCCAGUGCCAACUUUAUCCCCACCGUGACAGCCAUCUCCACCAGCCCAGACCUACAGUGGCUGGUGCAGCCCCCCCUGGUCUCCUCCGUGGCCCCAUCGCAGACCAGAGCGCCCCAUCCCUACGGAGUCCCCACCCCUUCGGCUGGGGCUUACUCCAGGGCCGCAAUGGUGAAGACCGUGUCAGGCGGCAGAGCGCAGAGCAUCAGCAGAAGAAGCAAAGUAGAGCAGUUAUCUCCUGAAGAGGAAGAGAAACGGAGAAUCCGAAGGGAAAGGAAUAAGAUGGCUGCAGCCAAAUGCCGGAAUCGGAGGAGGGAACUGACUGAUACUCUCCAAGCGGAGACAGACCAACUUGAAGACGAGAAGUCUGCAUUGCAGACUGAGAUUGCCAAUCUGCUCAAAGAGAAGGAGAAACUGGAGUUCAUUUUGGCAGCCCACCGACCUGCUUGCAAGAUCCCGGAUGACCUGGGCUUCCCAGAAGAGAUGUCUGUGGCUUCCCUGGAUUUGACUGGGGGUCUGCCUGAGGCCACUACCCCAGAGUCCGAGGAGGCCUUCUCACUGCCUCUUCUCAAUGACGCUGAGCCCAAGACAUCACUGGAGCCAGUCAAGAGCAUCAGCAAUAUGGAGCUGAAGGCUGAGCCCUUUGAUGACUUCUUGUUCCCACCAUCAUCCAGGCCCAGUGGCUCUGAGACGACGGCCAGAUCUGUGCCAGACAUGGACCUAUCCGGUUCCUUCUACGCAGCAGACUGGGAGCCUCUGCACAGUAGCUCCCUGGGGAUGGGGCCCAUGGUCACAGAGCUGGAGCCCCUGUGUACCCCGGUGGUCACCUGUACUCCCAGCUGCACAACUUACACGUCUUCCUUUGUCUUCACCUACCCCGAGGCUGACUCCUUCCCCAGCUGUGCAGCUGCCCACCGAAAGGGCAGCAGCAGCAACGAGCCCUCCUCUGACUCGCUCAGCUCACCCACACUGCUGGCCCUGUGA